UAAUCAUGUACUAGCCAACUCUGCCCAGGCCUAUAAACCAUUAUAUCAUGUUCAUACUGGAGCACACUUGGAUUCAUUGUAAAAUUAUAUCCAGCAGGGAAGUGAGAAUGGCACUGGUGUCGGAGUUUUUGGGUCAGCUCUCACUGGGUCAUGGAGGGCUGAGAGAGCCACGGUGUCCUACAGUAUUCCCAGCUCCAAAUUUUGAUCCAGAGAAGGACGCAUCCUGGGUCGACUCAGCCAUUAAAACCAAGGGUGUGGAUGAGCAUGUUAUCAUUGACAUCCUGACCAAACGCACCUAUAUGCAGAGGACAGAGAUCGCGUUUGAGUAUGAGAGGAAAGAAAAAAAGGACUUGGUUACUGCCCUAAAGGGGGCACUGUCGGGCUCUCUAGAGAAUGUGAUUCUUGGUUUAAUGAAGAGCACAACUCAGUUUGAUGCCUUUGAGCUCAGAGCGUCAAUGAAGGGUCUGGGCACUGAUGAAGAGAGCUUGAUUGAGAUGGUCUGCUCUCGUAGCAAUGAGGAGCUGGUCGAGAUCAAGAGAGUCUAUAAAGAUUUGUUCAAGAAAGACCUAGAGAAAGAUGUCGCUGGAGACACUUCUGGCGAUUUUGCUAAGUUGUUGCUGGCUCUGGUUCAGGCUAGGAGAGAGGAGCCCAGCAACGUAGUGGACUAUGAGAAGAUUGACAGUGAUGCAAGAGCCCUCUAUGAGGCAGGGGUGAAGAGGAAAGGAACAGAUGUGGGCACCUGGAUAACCAUCUUCUCAGAGCGGAGUGUGCCACACCUCCGUAAAGUGUUUGAGAGAUACAAGAGCUACAGCCCGUAUGACAUGAAGGAGAGCAUCCGAAAGGAGGUGAAGGGAGAUCUGGAGAAGUCCUUCCUUACAUUAGUGGAGUGCUUUGAAAACAAACAGCUUUACUUUGCCAAUAAACUUAAUGAAGCCAUGAAGGGUAAAUCAGCGAAGGAGAAGAUCCUGACCCGGAUAAUCGUUUCCCGCUGUGAAGUCGACCUCAUGAAAAUACGUUCAGAGUUCAAGAGGCAGUUCGGAAAGUCACUCUUUCAGACAAUCGCGGAGCAAACGAAAGGUGACUACCAGAGAGCUCUACUGAAUCUCUGCGGAGGAGACGAUUAAAUACAGCAUCACUACAUUUCCCAUCCCAUGAUUCCCGGCCACGCGUACACAGCGUGCACUACAGAUACAAUAGAGCUUUAAGUUUUACUUAAAAUGAUUUGAAAUUGUGGAUGUUUGACUGUUUUGUAUACUGAAAUAGCAGAAUAUAUCACGUUUUCUCUCUUAAAACACCCCCCUCAGUAAGACUGAAGAAUUUUAAGAAUGUGUGUUAAAUAUGUUCUGUAAUUAAAAUCAUGUCAUGUUUAUGC